AUGUCUUCGCCAAAGAAAAUCCUCGUCACCGCCGCAACAGGCGCUCAAGGCACAGGCACAGUCCAUCACUGCCUUCAAGCUGGCCACGAGGUUUACGCCUUGGUCCGUGAUACUUCGUCCGAAAAAGCCAAAGGUCUACAACAGCAAGGCGCCACGCUCAUCAAAGGGGACUUGGAUGACCCCGAAUCCCUGGAGGUAGCAAUGCGGGGCAUGAACGCCGUCUUCCUGAAUUUGCCUGCCCAAGCUGGCGCCCAAGCUGCAAAGAACGUAAUCACAGCCGCUCGAGCAUCCCCCACCGUGUCAGUGAUGAUUGCCUCCUCUGUGGUGAGGGCCGGCCAGCACGAGACUUUUCCCCGCUGGGGCCCAGAGUGGUCGAUGUACAACUACUGGUUGACGAAGGAUGAUGUGGAAAAGUACGUUCGCAACGCCGGCUUCAAAUAUUGGACCAUUGUGCGGCCCGCUCGCUUUCUGCAGAACUUUUUGCCACCUAACAGGAAUAUCUACUACCCGGGCUUCGAGAAAGACAGCACCUUCAGGGUGGCUUUCACGCCCGAGGCUAAGAUUGCGUGGAUUGACGCUCGAGACGUUGGAGUCGUGGCCGCAGCAGCAGUUUCCCAACCUCAGAAAUACACGGGGCGCCACAUUGACCUAGCUGCCGAGUCCCUGACUAUUCAGGAGUAUGCUAAUAAGAUUGGGGACUUUAUGAGCAUGACGAUUAAAGUUCAUUACUAUACAGAUGAAGAGAUUGCGGCCAUGCCGAGCACCAUCAUGGCGGAUGCGCAAAUUUGGACUUGUGAAGUACCGAGUGACGACGCUGCGGAAGCUAGUAAGGAGUUUAAUCUGACAUCAGUAGAGAAGUUUCUGCAGGAGAAUGAGAAUUUACUGAAGUAA